CUCUAUCUCCGGCCCCUUAAUUUCAUUCUUCAAACUUUGAGGCGUGUGACAAUGGCAGAUGAUGAGGUGAUUUUGCUGGAUUACUGGGUUAGCAUGUUUGGGAUGAGGGUCAGGAUUGCGUUGGCUGAGAAGGAGAUCAAGUAUGAGUCUAGGGAGGAGGGCUUGUUAGCCUUAGGAAACAAGAGCGAUCUGCUUCUCAAGAUGAACCCGAUUUACAAGCAGAUUCCAGUUCUAGUCCACAACGGGAAACCUGUAUGUGAAUCCCUCAACAUCGUUCAAUACAUAGAUGAGAUUUGGAAUGAUAGAUCUCCAUUGUUGCCCUCUGAUCCUUAUCAGCGAGCUCAGGCUAGGUUCUGGGCUAAUUUUGUCGAUAAGAAGGUGACUGUGCCUCCAAGGGGGGGACUACUAUGGGGAAACGGAGAAGAGCAGGAGGCAGCAAAGAACGGGUUACUUGAAACUUUCAAGAUAUUGGAGGGAGAGCUGGGAGACAGGCCUUAUUUUGGGGGUGAAACAUUUGGAUUUGUCGACAUUUCUCUCGUCACUUUCUCCUGCUGGUUCCGUGCCUUUGAGAUGUUUGGGAAAUUCAGCAUUGAGGCAGAGUUCCCCAAGAUCACUGAAUGGGCAAAAAGGUGCAUGCAGAGAGAGAGUGUCGCCAAGAGUCUUCAGGACCCCCAGAAGGUCUAUGAGUUUGUUGUGGAGUAUAGGGAGAGGCUUAGGAAGAGGCUUGGCCCCGAAUAGAGUAAUGUUUUUGCUGAGGGUGGAAACUGUGAAGAGAAAAUCUUCUAACAGGUCAUUCCAAUAAUAUCUAAAAAAAGCCACUAAUAAAAUGUUGCCACGUAAGUCUCUUGAAAUACUUAACUUGGACCACAAAACAGAGGAUGCCGUCUAGACCCACCCUCUUCCAAACCGACGAACACCCUUGCUUCCCAACCCUCGGAUUUGCCCAAAGCCAGUUCCCUCACCGAAUGCCGCCCAGACCCACUCUCUCCAUAACCAACUAUCUCUCCCAACCAAAGGCAUUUUGCCAAAAAAAGAAAAAAGUUCGAAAUUCUUGACAAUUUUAUUUUGCAAAGUGACCACGAUUGCUUGUUCUAGGCAAUCUUUGGUGUUUCUUGUAAUUCUCUGUGAUCUUUGGUGAUCAUUCCAGUGAACUAUGGUGUUUUUGCAAGUUAAUGAAAAAGAACGGAUGCUUUUAUCA